UUCCAAUGAUUGAGAAAGCAGACAUUAUUAAUAACCUCAGAGCACUUACUGGAGUGGUUUCUUCACCGACAGCGGAUGAAUAGCCUGUCAUAGAAAUGUUUUUUCGUAAUUUCAUUACGUUUUAUUUUAUCUUCAGCAGCGGGACGGAAGCCAUGAGCCCUGUGAAUGUGAACGUGAUGGUGGAUGCCGUCCCGGUCGCCGGACGCCCUGAGGUUAUCUUGGUGACCUGCGUAACUUCUAGAACGAAGCCUGCUGCCGAGGUGUCAUGGAAUUUGGCUGCUUUAUCUGAUUCUGUGAAGGUGUCAUCCGACACUGUGAAACAUCUAGACGGGACCUUCACGGUCACAAGCAGUCUGAUUGCCACCCCAACUGUACAGAUGAACCAACAACUUGUCCAAUGUGUAAUCAGACACGCCGCCAUGAAAGAGGCACUGGAAGUUGAUCAUAAGAUCAUUGUGCACUAUCCACCUCAGCUGGUCUUUGUGACGCCCUUGAAGACUGACUGUAAUGCUGAGGUGUAUCAGUGUGAGGCAGAUGCCAAUCCCGCAGCUACACACUACAGAUGGCACAGCGCGCACCAGAAUAUCCCUAAUGGUGCUGUUAAAACAGAAGGAAAUAAGCUCUACUUAUUGAAACUGACCUCUGACCUCGAUGGCCUGUAUACAUGUGAGGCUUCAAACGAGUACGGUACAGGAACCGGCUCACUCUACUGGAAAAAAGGAGAAAACCCUUCAGAGCUCUGAGAAAUGUAUGCCUGAUGGAAUUGCCUAUUUUCUGUGUCAUCAAAGUCUGACUGGCACCAAAAAAAUUGGCGACAAAUGAAAAAAAAGGGGGGCAACGAUUUCAUGCCUCUUAAAAUAAAAUAAAACUAAAAUCUG